AAGGUCAGAAAUUUUGCUUCGGCGAGUUGCAAUCGUGCCUACCGACCGAGACUAGACGACCAAGGAGCGCACUCCAAAUUAGUGCCGCCAACCCAACCAUUAGUAGCGCACCAGCGGAGCAGAGAGCGAGCGGAGGGGGGUUGCGAAUUGCGAAGCCUGAGCUAGAGCUGGCACCUUUGCUCCGUCACGCGGAUUCUCGUCCCUCUCUUCUUUUGUCCGCCAACAGAACGUUUCAUGACGUGUUGUGACGCAUGUAUCUGCUAUUCAACGGUGUCGUUGGGCUGACGGGAGUGUUCAACGACAGCGACGCGGCGAAAAAUCCAGCAGCUCGGAAUAAAAUCGACGCGUAUAUAUUUUGGGGGAGAAAGUGACGCGACACGACUCUCCGCGCGGCGUGCAAUGCUCCGAUCGAAAGAUGGCCGCGAGAUGAAGCGCGAGGCGUGACGUCACGGUUGACGGGGAGCCGCAUUCGGUAGCCGGUUGGUAGAGAAACGACAAAACGUAAUCGGGCUAUCGUAGUAGUUCGGGAUUACAACAAAUGCGGAUGAAAGGCGAAUACUAGGCGAAUCGACCGAGUCGGUUUCCGGAGCAGCGCGCGUCGAAGCGACGGGCGACACGAGCUCGCGGCGUGCCGAGGAGAAAAAGCAGGAAAAACAAGGCUUGCCAGCAGAAGGCUACCUUUCAAGGCGGCGGAUAGACAUCGUAGUCGGGAAAAGAGAGACGUUCGGGGGGCAUCAUAGGCCUGUAUAGUUCGAGGGGGUUUUCUCGUUUAGCAGCUUUCAUUAGAUUACGAAAUCAUCGACUGACGAAGGGGUCAAAUAGUCAAGGCAGCGCCUGUCAAGGAAGCUCCAGUCAAGGCUACUGAGAUAAUGACCGUCGCGGCGAGUCUAACGGAUUCCGCCGGUCCGCCCGUUGCUAGCGACGCAACUGCCGGCGGAGAAACGGCGGUGACAGCGGGAAGCGGGAGUUACGGAGGUUCGCGGAAGGAUCACGAGUCCACCGCCGUGAUUCCCGCCGGAGCAUCCGCGAGAAUUUCGAUGAGCGGCGCGAGCGUGAGAAACGCGGGGCUGUCGAGUAAAGACCUGUGCCUGCUGCGACUGCUCGCAGGCUCCAUGUUUUUCGAUCAGUUCAACGUCAGCUCCAUCGCGCCGCUCCUCCCCUCCUUCGCGAAACUAUUCCACCUGCCCGAAACCUCCUCCACGCUGCUCCUCGCGGGCCGCAGCACGGCCGCGAUUCUCUUCGCGCUGCCCGCCUGCCCGCUGCUCUCCUCCGUCACCACGCUUUGCGGGCUAACGGGGGUGUGCACGCAACUCGUGCGCGCCGGCGCGCUCUCCUUCGCCACGCACGCGCACAGUCCGUCCGCCUCCGCCGCUUCCGCUUCCGCCUCCGCCUCUCCCUCCCCGCUGUCGGGGGAGAUUCGGCGAAAGGACCAGGCGAAAGAGGGUGCGCGGAAAGAGCUUCCGCAGGUGCUGCCGGGGGAGGAUGGCGCACUGUCCCCGCAUCCCUCCGACCUCGUUCCCGCGCUGGACCCCGCGCCCCUCGCCUUAGGCGGGGAGUCCGCAUCGUCGGCGGAAGCGUCCCCGCGAACGGGCAAAUCCCGCGCGCCUAUCGAAACCGCCGCUGCCGAAGCGCCUGGUAAAGCAGCCGCAGAAGCGCCUAAGACCGCAGCCGCGGCGCUGGGUGGAAGGGAGCUGCUUUUCGGCGCGGUCGCGAUGCUGUUCGCAUGGGCGGCGGUGGGGUCGGUAGCCGGCCCCGUUACAAUGACAUUCCUUUUCCAGUUCGGGUCGCCGUCCCUCCCGUUUCUCUUCUCUCUCGGUAUCGACUUAUUUCUUCUCUUCCUCCUCCUUAUCAUCCUUCCCUGCUGCUGCGGCGGCCGGCGCCGUACCAAGGUGGUGGACGUGGAAAGUUCAGCUCCAGAUGGUACCGUAGCGGGGGGGACGGCAACAGGAGCGUCGGCGCCUAUCACUGACAGCUUGCCCACGUGGCAGCUCCAGGUGUCGGAGCAAGAGCGGCCCGUCGUGUACCGAGGCGCGCCCAUCUUCGCCAUCCCUUCUCGAGGCGCGCCUCUGAAUCGCUCCACGUCGCUCACGCGCUCCACGUCAGCACGGUCGCCGUCCAGCUCAGCAGCCGGGGAAGAGCAACAGCUACAGCACCACCAGAAACAGAAACAGAAACAGAGCCACCCAAACCAGAAAGUCCCAGCCGUCCAUCACAGCAAGCCCCACCCUCACCACCCGAAUCAACGGCUGACAGCGCUCCGUCUCUUCGCCACCAUGCUCACAGACAGCACGUCAGCAACCAUGCUCGCCCUCACCUUCCUCCAAACGCUCUCCACCGGCCUCCUAGAAGUCACCGUCUCUUUCUUCCUAGAUAACACCUGCGAUCGCACCCCCUCCGAGAUCGGCCUUUCCAUGGGAAUCAACGGCGCUGCUUACGCACUUUUUUCCCUUCUCUUCGGCGGCUGGCUGAUCCGGAAACUCGGUCCCCCCGUUACAAUCACGCUCGGUGCCGCCACUAUUGCCACUGCCCUCCCUUUACUAGUCAUCCCGGGUGUUUCCUGCAAGCUGCACGUUUUAUACCCGUUAAUGGCCCUCACAGGGGUGGCAUACUCGUUAGUGGAGUUCCCCAGCCUGCCCUGUAUAAUCCAGGCUCUGGAUAAACGGGCUGCAGCUGGGGAAGGCUCAUCUGACGUGGCUCUAGCGGUGGUGUAAGGAAUUUUCCAUUCCUUACCGAGCGGUACUGCUAUCGCGUACGCUCGAACACACCUGAAGCCUCGGGACUGUUCCAGACCUUCUGACAGAACCGCCUCGGCUUUUCCAGACCUUCCGGUUCGACCUUCGGGAGUUCUCCAGGCCUCGCUUCGUCACUUCGAGACCCUUCGAUCUCCUUCCCGAACCUUCCCAUCGCAUGGUUAGA